CAAUUUUCCCCAAUUCAGAAUCAACUUUUCUCUCCAUCUACAUCAAGAAAUUUUCAAGAUUCAUCUUUUUUGUUACUUCUUUUGUGAAAUUUUUUGAAACCCAUUUGUGAAAAAUGAGUGUUUUACAAUACCCAGAAGGGAUUAAUCCAGCAGAUGUUCAGAUAUGGAACAAUGCUGCUUUUGAUAAUGGCGAUUCUGCAGAUUUUUCUUCACUGAAACGUUCUUGGUUAACGGAUUCCUUUGAAUCUGAUGUCUCAAGCAAGGAGAAUCAGACUCCUCCUUUUGAGAAUUCUUCAUCUGUUAAUCUGUCAAUUUCGAUGCCCUUAAACCCAAAUGGGGCUCUGGAGAAUUCAAGACUCAAUCUAAACAAGUCCAUUUCUAAACAGAGUGUUGAUGAGAUGAGUAUGGCAAGUAGAAAGAGUGGAAAGGAUAGCGAUUUCCGCGAUGAAAAGAGGAUUGAUGAGGAAAUUGAAGAAAUUGAAAAGGAGAUUAGUAGAUUGAAUUCGAAAUUAGAGGUAUUGAGAAUUGAAAAGGCGGAAAAAAGUUUCAAGAUUGUUGAAAAGAGAGGGAGGGUUGUGCCAGCAAAGUUUAUGGAGCCAAAAAUGAGUGUUAAGAUUGGAGAGGAGAAGAAAAAGAUUGAUGAGAGUUCAUCAAUGAGUGCAAAAACAAAGGUGCAGACAAGAAGGGGUCUUAGUUUAGGACCAUCUGAGAUUUUCGCUGGAACGCGUAGUCGAGGGUUGAGUAUGGGGCCAUCAGAGAUUUUUGCAGGGACAAAGGCAGGGAAAUUGGGAAAGCAGGAAAUGAUUACACCUGUUCAGCCAAUACAAAACAGGCGAAAGUCUUGUUUUUGGAAGCUUCAAGAGAUCGAAGAAGAAAGGGGAAAAAGUUUAAGCCUUAGUCCCAAAUCAAGAAAAGCUGCAGCAAGAACUAUGGCUUCAAGGCAGGCAGUUACUACAAUUGCAUCAAAGAAGAAUCUGAAGAAGGAUGAUGCAUUUCUGAGUUCAGUUCAGCCAAAGAAGUUAUUCAAAGAUGGCGAAAAGUCUGUUCCUGCUAGCAAGAAGCCUCAGAGGCCAGGGAGGGUUGUGGCUAGUAGGUACAAUCAGAGCACAAAUCAGUCAUCAGUAGUGAGAAAGAGGUCUUUACCUGAGAAUGAUAAGGAUGAGACUAAGAGAAAUGAAAAGAAACGAUCUUUAUCGGUAGGGAAAACGCGUGUAUCACAAACAGAAAACAAGAAUUUGGCUACUGAAAGCAGGGUGAAAAAGAGAUGGGAAAUUCCUAGUGAGAUAGUAGUCCAUGCUAGUACAGAAAGUGAAAAAUCUCCACUGAGCAUUACUGUGAAGCCUGAUUUGCUUCCUAGAAUUAGGAUUGCUCGGUGCACCGUCAAUGAGACUCCCCGGGAUUCUGGACCUGCCAAAAGAGUGGUAGAGCUGAUAGGCAAGAAAUCAUUUUUCAGCAAUGAAGAAGAUAAGGAGCCAUCAGUCUGUCAAGUUCUCAGUUUUGCCGACGAAGAUGCUGAAGAGGAAUAAUGUGAAAUAAGGGGAGCUCACCCUUUUCAUUAUGAUCUUUAUAUUUUCAGUCCUGCCUUUUAAUUUUUGUUCAUUCUUAUCUGAGGCAUACUAGUAUUCUAGCUUGUUUGGUACAAUAUGAAUAAGGCUUUGUGUUGCAGUAUGUGGCCUAGUUACUUUUACUAAGGAAAAUGUUGGACAUUAC